AUGGGGCUCGGCGACAUCAUGAAGAACCGGUCGGCGCUCAAGACCUCCAACACGAGUGUCACCACUGCCGCGCAGCUCACCCUCAGACAGUCCAUCUAUCCACUCGCCUUGGUGACCUGCUUGUUCUUCCUCUGGGGGUUCUCGUAUGGCCUCUUGGACACUCUCAACAAGCAUUUCCAGAUUACGCUGGACAUUACCCGAACACGUUCCUCGGGUCUGCAGGCGGCUUACUUUGGCGCCUAUCCUCUUGCAUCGCUCGGAUAUGCCAAUUGGAUGCUUCGGCAUUGGGGCUACAAGCCAGUCUUCAUUUUUGGGUUAUGCACUUAUGCCGUUGGCGCUCUCAUGAUGUGGCCUUCGGGCGUCUAUCGCUCCUUUGGUGGCUUCUGCGGUGCCACAUUCAUCUGUGGAUCCGGUCUGGGCAGCCUCGAAACCGCUGCAAAUCCCUAUCUGGCCGUGUGUGGCCCGCCAAAAUACUCAGAGCUGCGCAUCAACUUUGCCCAGGCCUUCAACGGCGUCGGUACUGUCGUAGCUCCCGCACUCGCAUCCUACGUCUUCUUCAAGAACACCGCCGACGACAUCAACGCCCUCAAGAACGUUCAAUGGGUCUACCUGGCCGUUGCCCUGUUUGCUUUCCUACUUGCCACCGUCUUCUUCUUCUCGCACAUUCCUGAAGUGACCGACGCAGACAUGGAGUUUCAGGUCCAAGCCACCCAUGUGGCGGGCACCGAGAAGUCUUUUUGGAAGCAGUACCGUCUCUUCCACGCCGCCUUUGCCCAGUUCUGCUACACCGGCGCACAAGUCGCAGUCGCCACCUGGUUCAUCAACUACACCGUCGACGGAAGACCAGGCACCUCCAACUCUACGGCCUCCGCCCUACUUGCUGGUGCACAGGCCGCUUUUACAAUAGGCAGGUUCUCUGGCACGGCCUUUAUGCGCUUCAUCAAGCCGCGAUUGGUCUUUCUCUUCUAUCUCGGCGGCGUAAUCGUCGCGCUGUGCCUCGCCACCGGCGUCAGAGGCACAGCUGGCGUGGCCAUGCUUUAUAUCACGCUUUUCUUCGAGUCCGUAUGCUUCCCGACCAUUGUUGCGCUCGGCAUUCGAGGUCUAGGCCGCCACUACAAGCGCGGUAGCGGCUUCAUCGUCGGCGGUGUGGUAGGCGGUGCCUGCGUGCCGUCGCUACAGGGCAAAGUGGCCGACAUCCACGACAACACGCCCUUGUCGAUGGUCGUGCCCCUGAUGUUCAUGGUCGCAGCAAUGAGCUACGCUGUCGCAGUCAACUUUGUACCUUACUACAGAAUCCCCGCCGACGCUCUGGGCAGCUCAGACGUGGGCAUGGAGGGCAAUCAGAUUGCCAAGGACGACCUGGAGGCGAAGCAACUGGAUCCUACGACCGGAAAGCUCAGAGACAAUCCUGAGGUUGUGGAGAUCGAGAAAAUGGAGCGUCACCGGGACUCGGCAGACGCUGUGCGGUAG